UUUAGUUCGUUAGUUAACAGCGUCCAUGAGUGUUUUUACAUGUCAGUUAGUAUGUCUGAAUUGAUUAUUGACCCCUAACCUUUAUGACAGCUAGCUGAUUGAGGGCUGUUAAAUAAGAGGAGGCAGCCUAAAAUGCCAACGGUUGUGUUAGCAGCUAAUGCUAAAUACAUUACAUAGAUGUAGCCUCAAGCUAACAAGCUAGCUGCUAGAUGCAACAGCAGACGUCAGCUAAAUGUAACGUGCAUACCACGCCUGUAUAAAAACAUUAAUAUUUAAGCGUAAACCCUCCUCAAAUUAAACUUUUAAAAACAAUUGCUUAUUUCAAGCUAACAGACGUUAACAAAUCCUUAUCCGUACAUCCUUAUAAUAAACAACAUUUCCACAUGUUGUGGGUGGGCCCUCAUGUUGCAUAACAUGUUGCGGUUAGCUCUGGCUAACGUUAGCCAGCUAGCAUUUUGAGUAACAUAAAAAAAAGGCAGCGCUAUGUGGUCUGAUUUAAAGCUAAUUGCGACCUUAUCGUAGAACCACAACAUUGCCUUGCUUUGGUUGCUGUGUUGCCGGGGGAACAGUUACAAACAACUGUUGUAAUCAUGCUAGCUACAGUUAGCCGCUAGUCAGUUAGCCCUGUUUCAAGAAGGGGCGUCUUACAGACCGAUGCUCGCCUGCCGUUAGCUUAGCCUGCUACAUUGGGGUUAGCACCUUUACCCCCCUUGUGCCUGCUGACUAAAGCAGAACCUUGGAUAUGUCGAUCAGGAGUUUUAAGAGUCCCCGUUGACGUGUUUGCCACUUCAAGCUGAACUCAUUACAUUGAUAAAAAGGAGUAGUUCCCUGUCGGUGCUGCAUGUGGUUACUUCUUGUUGUCAUCGCUGAACAGUGGCUGUGUGUCCUUAUGUCGGAGCUCCAGAGACAGGCGACGAUGAAGAGAAACAGGAAUCCCAGCAGCAGUGACGACUCCGACAAUGGAAGUAAUUCCACGUGUUGGUCACAACAUUCAUCACAGCCAAGAAGAGGGAACGGGCAAAAACCCUCUGAGGUUUUCAGGACCGACCUCAUCACAGCCAUGAAGGUACAUGACUCAAACCAGCUGAUCCCAGAGGAAUAUUACAUCCUGGCAGACGCCUGGAGACAGGAGUGGGAGAAGGGCGUGCAGGUCCCCGUCAGCCCGCAGUCCAUCCCACAGCCCGUCGCCAGGGUGCUGGCGGAGAAGGGAAAGGAGGUGAUGUUCGUCAGGCCGAAGAAGUUGAUCCGGACCUCGGGCGCCGAGGCUCUGGGCUACGUGGACAUCAGGACGCUGGCAGAUGGGAUGUGUCGCUACGACCUGAACGAGGAGGACGUGGCCUGGCUGCAGGCCGCCAACCAGGAGUUUGCAGAGAUGGCCAUACCGCCGCUGGACGAGAUCACCAUGGAGCGGGUGAUGGAGGAGUUUGAGCACUGCUGCCACGAAAACAUGACGCACGCCACGGAGACGGAGGAAGGGCUGGGCAUCGAGUACGACGAGGACGUGGUGUGUGACGUCUGCCGGUCGCCGGACGGGGAGGACAACAACGAGAUGGUGUUCUGUGACAAGUGCAACAUCUGCGUUCACCAGGCGUGUUACGGCAUCCAGAAAGUGCCACAGGGAAGCUGGCUGUGCCGGAUCUGCGCCCUGGGCAUCCUGCCGAAGUGCCAGCUGUGCCCCAAGAAGGGCGGAGCCAUGAAGCCGACGAAGAGCGGCACCAAGUGGGUCCACGUCAGCUGUGCCCUGUGGAUCCCAGAGGUGAGCAUUGGGAAUCCAGAGAAGAUGGAGCCGAUCACCAACGUGUCGCACAUUCCCAGCAACAGAUGGGCUCUGAUCUGCUGCAUCUGCAAAGAGAAGUCCGGAGCGUGCAUCCAGUGCUCAGCCAAAAACUGCCGGACUGCCUUCCACGUGACGUGCGGUCUCCAGGCCAGCAUCGAGAUGAACACCAUCCUCACGGAGGACGACGAGGUCAAGUUCAAGUCCUACUGCCCCCAACACUCGGGGCUGGAGGGGGACGAGUCCAGGGACCGAGACUCCGAGGACGAGAAGGAGAGCGCCAAAGACAAGAAGGGCAGGAGGAGAGGGCGGGUGAGAGGCAAGGAAGACACCGCCUCCUCCUCUUCCUCUUCCCACGUGGCUCCUCAGAUCCUCCACAGAGUGCCGAGCCACCUGGAGGAGCUGAGCAGCCGGCAGCAGGAGAAGAGGGUCAGCCUCCGCCAGCUGAAGCUGCAGGAGAUGGAGGAGGAGUUCUUCCAGUUCGUGGAGGUGGAGGAGGUGGCGGCUCACACGAAGCUGCCGCCGGAGGUGGUGGACUUCCUGUUCCAGUACUGGAAGCUCAAACGCAAAGCCAACUUCAACCAGCCGCUGCUCACGCCCAAGAAGGACGAGGAGGAGAGCCUGGCGCGCCGCGAGCACGAGGUUCUGCUGCGCCGCCUGCAGCUCUUCACCCACCUGCGCCAGGACCUGGAGAGGGUGCGUAACCUGACCUACAUGGUGACUCGGAGGGAGAAGAUGAAGCGCUCGCUGUGGAGAGUCCAGGAGAAUAUCUUCCAGCACCAGAUGAAGCUGCUGGACCACGAGCUGCUCACCGGCGAUCCCUCAGAGAAGGAUUUGGAGAAGCUCUUCUCUCUCGACUGGUUAUCCUCUCAGGGCUCCGAGUCUGGACUGAAAACCAAACGAGGGUCUUCCAAGCAGGAAAGAAGAAGUGCCGACAGCAAAGGCCUCUCCGACUCCCCUCACAGCCACAAGAGGGACAGUCCGAGCAAACCUCUGGAGAUGAAGGACAGUAAAAGCCCCCGGGUCAGAGAGUCUGCCGAGGACACGAGAACCGGCAAACCCCAGACCUUCGAGAUGAAUCAGGAGCUUCUCUUCCCCAAGCUCCAGAAACCAGAAGUCCUUCAGGAAUCUUCGCACAAACCCGAGAGCAGAAAAGGCCCCAAGAGGGAGGCCCAGAGGACAGAGCAGGAGACGCUGGUCAGACUGAAACGAGACGAGGAAGAGACAAGAAGGAGAAAGAGGAGGAGCGACCUGACGGAGAGCCAGGGGAAGAGUCGCUUCGGGGCCAAACAGCUGGACAAGACCGUGUCCAUCCGGUUGGUGGACAUCAGGAGCUCGGACCACAACAACUACUUCAUGGGGGAAGGGACGACCAGGAGGAACCCCGUCUCGCUACAAGUGAGCCCCAACACCAAGCUCUCCGGCGCUCCGAGAACCAACGGCUGGACGAGGAAAGCUCCGGCAAACGGCUCGCACACAUCCAGCCGAAACGUGAGCGGACAUCUGAGGAGCUGGGGGAAGUUCAGGAUCCCCAAGAGGAGCGAGAAGCCGGCGGACGAGGAGGAAGAGAAGGAGGAGCUGUUGUUGAGUCCGCUGACCAACGCACCGCAGACGUCGUACCCCAGGACCAGACUCCGCUCGGGGACGGAGCACGACGGCUCCGCCUCCGACUCGUGCGGGGAGGCGGAGCCGUGCCUGAAGAGGUGUCACUCCCACCGGCUGAGGGGGGGGGCGCCUCUCGGGCCGCGCUACGGGUCGGACAUCAUCCGCCGGGGCGUGCUGGCCUCCUGAUGGCGGAGCGGCACUUUGAUAUGAAUAAGCUGCACUGUGUUAAUUGUAAAAAACGAUCGCUCUCUAUACCCUUAUAUUUUUCUCGAUGAAUCAUACAAAUGCCUAGAUUAAGAAACAGAGAUGAUAUUUAUUUUUUAUUUGUAACAUAUGUAAAUCUUAGAAAAUGUUUGAGCAGGUGUUUAUUUUUUCUUUCUUUAAAAAGUAGAAAGAUGUCAGGUUGCCACUUAAACGCUUGCUCAGAUAUUUACAAGCGAAAGCAUCACUGAGGGAUUGUUGCUCGGGACCAGAAGCUCGCAAUGUCAUUUUUUUUUUUUUUUUUUUACAUAGUAUUAAACCCAGUUGUACUUAGUGGGAAAAAGAUGACGGACUAUUUGAUCUUCACAGGGAAAUGGGAUUCUUUAGGUCUUUUUUUUUUUAUAUCAAGCUUCGUUGGAUGGUUACAGCCACAAACAGGAAGUAAAACUGCCCUUUUAUCGCUAUUCAAUCUCCAGCUGUCAUAAUUUCUUCAGAUUGUGGAACAUUAUGAACUGAGAAACAUACAAAAAAAGGAAUUUCAGAAUGAUGUUAACGUGUCUUUAGCACUUAAGUGUAAUUCAACUGCGAACCGAUCGUAUCUAUCAUGUGCCUAACUUUUUUUUGAAGCUUUUGCACUACGAGAGGACGGCACAGGUGUGAGCUAUGAGAGGAUAUUUUUACACUGAAACAUUUAAAAAGCGUUUUGUACCCUCGGCCGCUACUGUAUUACUGUUAUGCAAAAGGAAACUUGACUUUGUUGGAAAGAGGAAUAAAAACUCUGUGAG